AUGCGUAAUGCUUCUAUUACUUUGCAUCAUUUAUGUUAUUAUUUAUUGUGCUUGUUUAUUUGGACUGAAUUUUAUUGCUGUUUUCCUUUUGGUUUAAUUAGAUGGUGCCUUUUGACUUUGCCUGUUUCGGCUGGGUAUAUUGUUAAUGGUUCUAGUGGUGAUAAUCCUUUAACUUAUCAUCAUUUAUCUUGGUUUUUUGGUCAUCCUGAGGUCUAUAUUUUGAUUUUGCCUGUUUAUGGUAUUGUUAGUUUGUAUUUGACUGGUAAGAAAGGAGCUUUUGGUUCUUUAGUGAAUUUUAGUAGGGAUUUGAGUGUUGAUGUUGGUGUUGUCAUUAGAGGUGUUGGAGUUAAGAGUAUUCAUUCUGACUAUACUGAAAAUAUAGGAUUUGGUUCUUAUAUGUUAUAUAGUGAGGAUAUGUCAUUAGGGGAUAUAGAUAAUCGUUGUUUUAUUCCUAGGAGAGUUAGGAUGGGUUUUUUGAUUGGUUCUGAAGAUGUUAUUCAUUCUUGGGCUUUACCUUAUGUUAUUGAUGCUGUUAAAAUUGAUGCUGCUGGGAGUGGUAUUUUUCGUGUACUUGUAAUAUUACAACAAAAAACAACAAAACAGCAUAACUAA